AUGGAUCACGGCGACAUGACUAUGGCCACUACCACGGCUGCCAUGGCUGCCACCGGCACCAUGAACAUGCCUGCAGCCACCAGCAGCAAGGCCGCCAUGUCCAUGGGAGGCAGCGGCUGCAAGAUUUCUAUGCUGUGGAACUACAACACGGUCGGAUCUUGCUUCAUCAGCAGCUCCUGGAAGAUUACCUCCAACGGCAUGUUCGCCGGCUCCCUCAUCGGUGUCAUCCUCCUCGUCAUGCUCCUCGAGUUCCUCCGCCGCGCCGUCAAGGAGUACGACCGAUACCUCAUCCGCACCCACAGGGCCCGCUACGCCGAUGCUGGCGCCGUCUCCCCUAGCUCCGCCAGCGCUGACGACCACGGCAAGGGUCCCUCUGCCUCCACCGCCGCCGUCCGUUCCAACGCCAUCCCCCCGUUCCGACCCAACGUUUUCCAGCAGGCUGUCCGCGCUCUUAUCCAUGUCUGCCAGUUCGCCGUCGCCUACUUCGUCAUGCUGCUCGCCAUGUACUACAACGGCUACAUGAUCAUCUGCAUAUUUAUCGGUUCCUACAUCGGCGCCUUCCUCUUCCAGUGGGAGACUCUGUUUGAUGAGCCCACCAGCGCCGCCAAAGAGGCUACCGUCUGCUGCGGUUGA